UUUUAAUUUCUUAUUCUAUGAUCAUGUUCUACACUUAUACAAUCCGACAGCUACGUAAAAACAAGUAAAAAUGAAGAAUAGUCAAUAAAAUAGUUAUAGUAUAGUAUAUUACCUAGUACGAUAGAACGUAAAGACUAGAGAUUGGUGGCUUUGACUUUUGAGUACGAACGCUAUAAACUUAUUCAGUAGUCAGUACUAUUCUGUGGUACUACCAAGUGGCUAGUGGUCAAAGUGACAAGUACUACUGAACUAAAGUCGCAGAAGAAAAGUUAUUUUUAUUUAAUAAUUUAGUAGACUAUUAAAUUAUGGAUUUUGAAAAGGUAAAGGAAAAAGCUUUUGAAGAUGCAUAUAAAGGUAAUAUCGAUCAAGUUAUGAAAGCAGUCGAAGAGCAUUUGAGGCUGUUAAAAGAAGUUGAUGUUAACAAUCGUUUGCUUCUUCAUUGGGCUGCGCUUGGGGGCCAUGAUCAACUUGUACGAUAUCUUCUUGAAAAUGGUCAACCAGAAGAUUCUCUAGAUGACAUGCAAACUACUCCUCUUAUAUUGGCAGCAUCAGGUGGACGUAUUGACAUAGUAAAAACUCUCAUAGAAUAUGGAGUAAAUAUUAAUGCAAAAAAUCAAGAAGGACAUUCUGCACUUCAAUAUGCAGCUUCAAAAGGUUGGACAGAAAUUGUCAGAUAUUUAGUAUCAAAAGGCGCUGAUGUUAAUAUAGCUGAUAAUAGAGGAGCAACACCAUUACACAGAUGUGCAUCAAAAGGAAACACAGCAGUACUAAAAAUUUUAUUAGACUGUGAUGUACAUGUAGAUGCUAAAGACAGUUAUGGAAACACACCACUGCACUUAGCUUGUGAAGAGGGACGUGUACAAGAAGCUGGAUUAUUGAUUAAAAGUGGAGCUGAUAGUACUCUUUUAAAUAAAGAAAAACUGACUCCUUUUGAUUUAGCACCAUCCGAUGUUCAAGGCACUUUGAGAAAAAUCUAAAAUAAUAUAAUUGUUUUUGAAUACGUGUGUUUUAAAUUGAAAGUAAUUUGUGAAGUUCAAAACAAACAUAAUAUUAAUAAGUGUCUUUAAACUAUUAGCAUUUAUAUUUUUUGAAUCCUGUAAAAUACUUAUUUAUUAUUAAUAAUGAUACUAUUUUAGUAUUUUUGUAAAAAUAAUUUUGAUUUGUGUGUGAUUAUUUACAAUUAAACUAUUCAUUAUGUGAUCAUA